AUGGCCGGCAGCAACCUAUUCAAGUCGGAGCGGCUCUUGUACAGAGCCAUUGAGGACAACGACGAGGACCUGGAUUUCAUCCACUCAAUCUCGCUCGACGCAGAGGGCUUCGCCAACGGCGUGGACCUGGCCCUGGUGCCGCAGAACAAGGACGCCACAAAGAGGUGGAAGCAACGCCUGGAGCAGGCCAUCAUCGCCGUCAUCGCGCAGCAGCCGGGCAAGAAGGCGGCGGGCCCGACCCCGAUCGGGCUCAUCAGCCUGAGCGGGUCGACGAGCAUGCGCACGGCGCAGCACCGCAACGCCAACGUCGGCAUCGACAUCCUCCCGCCCUACCAGCGCAGGGGCCACGGCAGCGAGGCGAUUCGCUGGGUGGUCGCGUGGGGCUUCCGGGUCUACGGCCUGCACCGGAUCGGCAUCGAGAGCUUCUCGCACAACGAGGGCGCCGGCCGGCUGUACGAGAGGCUCGGGUUCGUGCCCGAGCAGCGGAAGCGCGAGGCGCUGUGGUUCCGGGGCGGGUGGAGCGACGUGCUCGGGUUCGCGAUGCUGGAGGAUGAGUGGCGGGAGAGGGAGAGGGAGAGGCAGGGACGGGAGCUGGGUCAGGGACAGUCUGCAGGGAGUGCUUGA